AUGAUGUUUUGUGCUACUGUACUUUUUAUAAAAAGUUUGCAUGAUCAAACUAUUAAUUUGUACUUAAUGUUAUAUAUUUGUAUAGUUUUUACUUUUAUUAUAAUAAACUAUAACAUGACGAACACAAUAAACAAGGAUUUAACAAGUGUUGACUGUGGUCAGGAAACCGAAAUGUUUGUUGAAGUUGAGUUAUUACAGUAUGAGUUGGCUAUAAAAAAGUAG